AUGGUUCGGGAAGACAGGCAGGUCAAGCUCAAAUCCACCCAAGGUGUAAAGCAAAUUUUGUCCAAUCCGAUCAAGGCGGAGGAUUCUCGAAAGCGUUUGGGCUGGAUUAUCGGCUUCGAGGAUAUCAUGGCCCAGCUGUACCUUCUGCUCUCCAUACUCGGCGCCGGCUCCUCCAUCUUCUUCUGUAUCCGCUGA